AUGAUUCACAAGUGCGUCAAAUGCCGCAAACUGAGGAGCAGACCUCAGAAGCAAAUCAUGGCUGAUUUGCCAAGAGACAGACUUAGCAUGGACCCACCGUUCACCUAUGUGGGCCUCGACGUGUUUGGACCAUGGAAGGUUAAAGCGCGCAGAACUAGAGGUGGACUCGCACAUAGCAAAAGGUGUGCUGUGUUGUUUACUUGCCUGUCCGUACGUGCGAUACACAUUGAAGUCAUUGAAUCGAUGGAUUCUUCGAGCUUCAUCAACGCUCUCAGACGGUUCUUGUCUAUUAGAGGUCCGGUUAAACUGCUGCGGUCCGAUUGCGGAACCAAUUUCGUCGGUGCGUGCAAAGAGUUGAAGAUCAACACUGCGUCGCCUGGCCACAACGAUGUUGGCAAAUAUCUGCAGUCUCAAGAAUGCACGUGGGUUUUCAAUCCCCCUCACGCCUCUCACAUGGGUGGUGCUUGGGAGCGCAUGAUCGGGAUUGUUCGUCGCAUCGUGGACUCUGUGCUUCUAGGCACGAACAAGUCAGUGAUUUCACACGAUAUGCUUGUCACACUCUUUGCGGAGAUCGCAGCGAUCGUAAAUAGCAGACCUUUGACUCCGGUGUCAACAGAUCCGGAAAACCCAACGAUUUUGACUCCAAGUAUGAUUCUCACUCAGAAGACGGGCAGAAACCCUCCACCUCCUGGAGAAUUUGGGCAUGACAGUGUCUACCGACGGCACUGGAAACAAGUGCAGUCAAUGGCCAACACCUUUUGGGACCGCUGGAGGAAGGAAUACCUUCCAACAUUGCAGGGCCGUCGCAGGUGGCAAACAGCUCAACGAGACGUCCGAGAAGGUGACAUUGUCUUGCCGAAGGACAAGGAUGCCGAGAGAAAUGAGUGGCCUAUGGGUCGCGUUAUCAAGACUCUACCCAGUUCUGACGGGAGGGUGCGUAAGGUAGAGCUUAAGAUCCACAAGAACGGACUAGUGAAGGUUUUCCAGAGCCCCAUUUGCGAAAUUUUCCUUUUAUUAAGUGAUCAUGAACUGUGA